AUGUGGUCGGUGAGGCUAAGUGCCCUGGCACUGGUGCUGGGGUUAUUUGGAGGGUCAGUACGAGCGCAAAAUGCGACCAUCGGACCGAAAGUGCUUUGUUACUACGAUGGUGCUAGCUCGCUGAAAGAAGGCCUAGCUAAAGUGACCGUGUCUGAUAUUGAGCUAGCGCUGCCGUUCUGCACGCAUCUUAUCUACGGCUAUGGUGGAAUCAAUGCUACCACGUACCGGAUGCGAUCGCUAGAUGAAGAGCUUGACCUAGACUCGGGCAAAGGCCAUUACCGAACCGUGACGACCUUGAAAAAGCGGUACCCCGGGCUGAAGGUUUUCCUGAGUGUGGGCGCCUAUCAUGAUCUCGCCGAGGAGAAACCAUUUCAGAAGUAUCUCAUGCUGCUGGAAUCUGCUGGAUCGCGAACGGCCUUCGUCAACAGCGCAUACACGAUCCUUAAGACGUACGGAUUCGAUGGGCUCGAUCUUGCCUGGCAGUUCCCGCAGACGAAACCAAAGCGCAUUCGUGGCGUUACCGGUAAGCUUUGGCACGGGUUUAAGAAGCUGUUCACCGGCGACAGCAUUCUCGAUCCGCUAGCUGAGGAACAUCGGGAGGAAUUUACGGCACUGGUGCGGGACUUAAAGAAUGCGUUCGCUCACGAAAAGUUCCAGCUCGGUUACACUCAACUACCACACGUUAACCAGUCGAUGUUCCUGGACAUUGCGCUGCUAAAGGACAACUUGGACUAUGUCAAUUUGGCCACGUAUGAUCAACAAACUACUGAGCGCAACCCUCGAGAAGGUGACUAUACAGCGCCGAUCUACGAGCCCGCAGAACGCGUUGUGGGUAAUAACGUUGACGAUAAGGUGAAGGCGUGGAACUUGCUUGGAACACCGCUGGACAAGAUCUUGGUCGGUUUGGCAACGUACGGCCGCGGAUGGAAGCUUACGGAAGAUUCUGGUGUUACCGGCGUGCCACCAAUCCCUGCCGAUGGUCCAUCGCCAGCCGGACCAUACACGGGCAUUCCCGGAUUCUACAGCUUCAGCGAGGUGUGUGCCAAACUGCCAAACCCGGGUAAUGCCAACCUGCAGGGUGCUGAGUACCCGUUGCGUAAAAUUAACGAUCCGACCAAACGCUUUGGGCCGUACGCGUUCCGCAUUCCGGACGAGAACGGUGAGCACGGUAUCUGGUUGUCGUACGAGGAUCCGGAGAGUGCCGGAAAUAAGGCGGCGUACGUGAAAGCCAAAGGACUCGGCGGUAUUUCUAUAAACGAUUUAGCGAUGGACGACUUCCGUGGCACUUGUUCCGGGGAUAAGUUCCCAAUUCUGCGAGCGGCCAAGUACCGUCUGUAAGCUCAACAAAUUGGGUUUGCGAUAACCUGUUAGUUUUACAUGCAAUUGUUAUUUCUCCAUCACACCUGAACGUGAGUAAAAUGUAUAAAAAUCGACGAACUAAUAAAUGAGAUAUCAUUGCAUAACU